UCUACAAUGGCCGAUGUUCGAAGCCUCUUCGAUAUUUCGGUUGUAAUUAUUUUAAUUUAUUGAAAAAAAAUGUAAUAUUCUUCGUAUGAAUUAAUUAUAUUUUUACAAACGGAAUGAUAUCUUAUUUAAUCGCAUUUCAUUAUUUUUAUCCACUGGACGUGCUUUUAUCGAGUAAGAACUCGGUGAUAUAAAAACGAAGAUGUCUUCUAAGAGUGAAUUAAAAAAGUUAUCAGAAGAAAGCUUAACGAGACAACCUGAAGAAGUUUUUGAUAUUAUAUGCAAACUAGGAGAAGGAUCUUAUGGAUCAGUUUAUAAAGCGCUGCAUAAGGAGAGCGGGCAAGUGCUUGCCAUUAAACAAGUACCUGUGGAUACGGAUUUACAGGAAAUCAUAAAAGAAAUUUCAAUAAUGCAACAAUGUGAUUCUCCAUAUGUUGUUAAAUAUUAUGGAAGUUAUUUUAAAAAUACGGACUUAUGGAUUGUAAUGGAAUACUGUGGAGCUGGAUCUGUUAGUGACAUUAUGAGAUUAAGGAAAAAAACUUUACAAGAGGAUGAAAUCGCUACGAUUCUUAGUGAUACCUUGAAAGGAUUAGAAUACUUGCAUUUAAGAAGAAAAAUACACAGGGACAUUAAGGCUGGAAAUAUUUUACUAAAUAAUGAAGGACACGCAAAAUUAGCCGAUUUUGGUGUUGCGGGUCAAUUGACUGAUACAAUGGCUAAACGUAAUACAGUGAUUGGAACACCAUUUUGGAUGGCACCUGAAGUUAUACAAGAAAUAGGAUAUGACUGCGUUGCAGAUAUAUGGUCACUUGGUAUAACGGCUUUAGAAAUGGCAGAAGGAAAACCUCCAUAUGGUGAUAUUCAUCCAAUGAGAGCAAUAUUUAUGAUUCCAACUAAACCUCCACCUAGCUUUAGAGAACCGGAUCAAUGGAGUCCAGAAUUUAUUGACUUUGUCAGCGGGUGCCUUGUUAAAAAUCCAGAAGAAAGAGCUACGGCUUCUGAAUUACUCAAUCAUGAAUUUAUUGGUAAUGCAAAGCAACCAAGUAUUCUUAGUCAUAUGAUCGCUGAAGCUCAUGAAAUACGAGAGAAGCAAAGUGCACAUCGUGCACAUGUUAUCAAUAACGUUGCGAUUAAAAAUCAAAAUCAAGCAGAUGAUUCGGAUGAAGAAGAUUGUAGUGGUACCAUGAAACCUUUGCCAGAAGAUACAGGAACACUUGUACCCAGUCAUGAUUUGCCAGACACUGGAACGCUUGUAUCUGCAGUAUUAGAUCUUGGUACAAUGGUCAUUAACAGUGAUACUGAUACUGAAGCCACUAUGAAAAGGCAUAAUACUGGAUCAGUUGAAUCUGGAAAAAAAUAUCGACCUUUGUUCCUUGAUCAUUUUGACAAAAAGGAAGCACCCGAAAUAGGAAAAGGUAAUGGACAAAUAUCAGGAGCGCAUAAUGUAGAGAUGGCUAAUAAAAUCGAUGUUCAAGGUGCUACAGAAUCUCAAAGGUUUCAAAGCCAUUUACAAUUACAACUCAAUCAAAUAUCACAUCCGGUACAAGAACAACCGGUCAAUAAUGUAGCCAAGUUUCAAAAUGUUUUUACGGAACGUGAUUUUGACUUUUUAAAGUUUCUAUCUUACGAAGAACUACAACAACGAAUGGCUAAUCUGGACGCAGAAAUGGAACGCGAAAUUGAUGAAUUAAGAAGAAGAUAUCAAACGAAGAGGCAACCAAUUUUAGAUGCCAUGGAUACUAAACGAAAGAGACAACAGAACUUCUAACAGUUUGAUUUCUUUUUUUAAACAAAUGAGUGUGAUGAUAGAUAAAGAGUGUACAGUUGUAUAAACAAAUAGAUUUUAUCCACUUCAUCCCUAGUUUCGUCAAAGAAAAGGACAUUUAUUUUAUGUACAUUUAUCUGGUAAGAGAUAUAAUCAUUUAAAAAUAACUUCCCCUCUUUAAAUAAAUGUUUCUUAUCUUUGGGAAACUAGGGUACAUAGGUAAUACUAGCCAAUAGCCUCACGUCACCAAUGUAAAUUAUUUUACAUCAUGACUUAGGUGAAGAAACAGUAACACUACUUAACUCUUCCUUCAUAUUUCUUUUCGUGUUUUUUUUUCUCUCUCUUUAUUUUCUAUUAAAUUUACACAUAUAUUUACUGUUAAAUAUACUAUUCUUAUAAAGAAAGUAUAUAUAUACAUAUAUCCCUUUUUAGGGUUGAUUAGGAAAUGCAAGAAGGUGUGCAAUGCAUGUGAAACGGGAAAGCAUAAAGUUUACAAUUGUUGGCUUGUUUGGAAAUGACAUUUGACGAUACAAUCUUGCGUCUACUAGUCACAUUUAAUGCCAUUUAUUUUAACAAGAAUUAUUUUUAAUGAAAUCAUUAUUAGAGCUUAAAUAUUGGCUUUCUAAAGCUACUUCCUCCCCCCUACUUGUUACUUGCACUAAUAAACCUUACCGUUAUGUAAGGUGCAGUGAAAAAUUGAACGUCGUAUUCAACGCGAUAAUAUGACCAGUGACCUGAAGUUUUAGAAAGAAAUACCACUACAAGCCCUGAACAUCAUUCACAUAAUACAUACAUACAUAUAUAUAUAUAUAUAGAAAUUUCGUUUUAGGCAUUUAAGUAUUUUCAUUUAAUUUCAAACGCGAAUUAUACUUUAUUGCUAAUUCUACUGCCAUAUAUAGUAUAUAAUUUCAAUAACGCGUGAUGUCAAUAUUAGCUUACAUCAAUUUAAUCUCACCUGAGAGAGAUAUUCUUUCUUAAGCACGAAACACCAUAUAUUUAAAAUAUAUAAAUUUAUGCAUUCUCAUACAUGAUAGUUUUUACGUAAUUUCACGUAACACAUUAUGGUGGGUGAGAGGAUACAUUGCAAGAAAAUAUUUCGAGAAAGAACUUACUAGGAUUAGUCUUCCCUAUUAGAGAAUAGUCUUAUAUUUCUCUACUUCGCAAUAUUAGGGUGUUGAAAUUAUCGAAAUUGCGAAGUUUUACGACUACUAGUAAUGAUUAUGAUGUCAUGAUAUUAAUAAUCAUCGAUUAAUUCAACAAAACGAUAUUUAUAUAGAAUUUUCAAGGAUUUUUUUUCCAAGGAUUCGCUGAAUCCACAUCUUCGUCAUCUAUUUCAUGAUCAUGAUCUUUAUUAUCAUUUGUAAUAGCACGAUUUUCAAAUGGAUAAUCAUAGGCCUCGUCUUCUUCAUCGAAUCUUGUUACAUUUAAUUCAUCAUUAUAAUCCUCAUCAUUUUCAUCUUCCGCAUGAAGCUUCAAAUCGAAAUCAACGGGUAUUAUUUUUCUAGUCCGUCUGGUAUUUAAACUAUCGGAAUCUCUACGAGCAGGUUUCGGUACGGUCGGCGACCCAUUUUCUUUCAUGUUGUUAAUGUCGGAUGUCUGUUCAUUCGAUCGUGCUCUUUCUUCAAUCGUAGGACCUUGUCGUCUAUCACGUGAUGAUCGUAAAGGUUUCGGAGGGUUCUUUAUAUUCUCUAUCAGCAAUUUUCGUAAAGUGCAUUUUUUUCAUAAAGGAGGUAAUUGUCUCUCUGAUGCUUUUUUCAAAGUUAGUCGACUUCGAAUAAAUUCAAGAAUAAUAAUGUGAACGUCUUUCUUUGGAUGAGGUGUCGGAUUCAGACGAUACCUUCGUUCCCGAAUAUUAUCCAUUAAAAUUUCGUAAGGGGUUAAUUCAAAUUCUGCACCUCGUCUCGGCCCUAAAGUACCAAUUAGUGUUAUAGCAGUAGUACAUACACCAGGAUUAGUUGCUCCUACUGCUUUCUUUAUAUUAUCUACUAUUAAAGAUUAAUUCAUCCAAAUUCUAUAAGACCCCUACUCAACCAAAGCAAUGUUUCUUGCUGAACUUUAGGAUUCUUUUGACUAAAUGCAAAUGUAAAUAUUUCAUUAACCACAUAUUCAAAAACUAGUAGCACUUGCUAUUGAUAAAAGUGUCUCGGAUGCAAGUGCACUAUUUUUUGCACAUCCCAGUUUUUCUGUAAUAUCUGUUAUGCAAUAUCCAGAAACAGUGCAUGAGAAUGGUUGAUUAUCUGUCAACAUUUUUAUAAUUUCCAAUUAAUGUUUUUGAGAAUUUGGAAGUUCAUGUCUUUUGGGCCAGAUUUUUUUUUGUCAAUGUUCAUACAAUGAUUUGUGCAGAUACAUCAUCUGUUGGCUCCAAAUCCUUUACAAUCUGAGAAAGUUGUUCAACAGCAGACAAUCGAGUUUUUCAGUAUUUAUCUACAAAUCCCGAAAUAAUUUCAUUUGGUAAAAUUAGUGAGAAGCAAUUUCUUCUAUUUCUUCAGUGCUGUGUAAUCUUUUCUCCUAUUUUCAUAUUUGAAGGUUUUUUUUUCGAAGCUUUUGAGAAGACGUUAAAAAAAGGUCUCUUCACACAACUCUUUAGAUUAUUCAAUAAAUUCGUUUAAUAUUUCCUUAUAUAAGUUUGUUUCAUACGAUUAGCUA